ACAGUAGGGGUUUCCAAAAGAAGAAAAAUAUAAAAGAAAAACAAACAAAAAAAAAAAAAAAACAAGCAAAAACUACGGAAAGGGGCAAAUGUGGAAAGGAACAAAAAAUUCAACAUUCAACAGUCAACAUCGAUCUUAGAAAUCAUAGAGUUUCUUGUAAUUGGUUAGUCGUCCAUUUUCUAUUUCAAAGUCCACCAACACACGCAAAUCACAAGUCAUAUGCCCAACAAAUACGAUAACAAACCAAAAACACCACAUAAAACUGGAAAAUUAUGUCCAGAUUUGCCAUAGCUCCAUCUUCACACAUCCAAAAAAAUACUAAACCCCACCUCCCUCAGCCCCUUCUCCGCCUCAUACCCCGUCACCGCCACCAUGGUCGACGAGGACGGCAGCAGACAUACAUCAAGUUCACCAACAUGGCAUUCGGGCGAAAGAAGGUACGAUCUAAACAGCAAGAUCAUGCUCACAGCAAUCAUCUCAUUAUCUGUUGUUGUAUUACUUGUCACCAUACUUCACAUUUAUGCAAGAUGUGUCCUUCGACGCCAAGCGCGGCGGAGAGCCAUCAUUAGGCAGUUUGGUGUUGCAACCCAAGUGCACUCCACCGAGCCCCCGAAGACCGGCCUUGAUCCAUCCGUCAUCGCCUCCCUACCGGUGUUUGUUUUCCGGCAAGUGGACAUGAGCCAAGAUGAGAUGGGCAGCACAGAGUGUGCAGUUUGUUUGAGUGUGUUAGAGGAUGGUGAAAUGGCGAGGGCUCUUCCGAACUGUAAGCACACUUUUCACGCAGAGUGUAUAGAUAAGUGGCUGAGCUCGCACCCAACCUGUCCCAUUUGCCGGACUGAGGCCGAGCCACCGCUCCUUCAGCCGGAGCCACGCGAGCCUCCCACCGCUCCACCUCUUGAACAUGUGAACUCGAGUAUGGAAGGGACAUCGGAUGGUGGUGCAGCAGCUCAGAACUCGGCUAAGGUUGGUGGAUCUAGCUCGCGGUUGAGCUCGUUCCGGAGGAUGAUUAGCAGGGAAAGGUCGUCGCGAAGAAUUCAAUCUUGUGGAGAUGAUCAGGAUGGUGGUUUAGGAGAUCUUGAUAGAGUGUGAUUGUAGGUAAUGUAUGAUUCGUUGAUUUCUCCUCUCUUGGAGUGCUUUUUUGGAUUUAUUUUUUUCGUAUUUUUUUUUGUUAUAUAUAGCAAACCAAUAUAAAGAAAUGUUUUUGUUUUUGUA